CAGGUUUUCACCAGCGUUUCUACCUUCACAUUCAUUGCAAAGGAGAUCCGGUCAGGUCCAUCUAUUUCAUUUAAACGUCUCUUCGCGGGGAGAAUGGGCUGAGUUAUGCUCUGCGUUUCGCCUCUGUCUGCUGAAGGAAGCCCCGUUGUCUGCGAGUGCGUGUAGGUGGAUGAUUUCAGCGUGAUUUUCGGAGCGAUGUCUGCCGCAGAAGGAGCACACAGCCCGGACAGACUCAAUCAGUUUGAGCGGCUGUCUGGAAGGCCUCUGCUAAGAGCCGCAGGCUCUAAGAAGAGAGUUUCCUGGGUACAAGCUCGAAGACUCCUUGGCCAGCCCUGCCCCAUUCUACGGAUCCCUAACAGGUUUUUAAGAGAAGGUCACAGAGCCCCUCCAGCCCGGAGCGGCCAUCGCUGUGUGGCGGACAACACCAACCUCUAUGUGUUUGGAGGGUAUAACCCUGACUACGAUGAAUCAGGUGGCUCAGAGAAUGAAGACUACCCGCUGUUCAGGGAGCUGUGGAGGUUCCACUUCGCCACAGGAACAUGGCAACAGAUCCGCACUGAGGGUUUCAUGCCUACUGAACUGGCUUCAAUGUCAGCUGUUUUGCACGGAAACAACCUGCUUGUGUUUGGCGGGACCGGAAUCCCGUUUGGGGAAAACAACGGAAAUGAUGUUCACGUCUGCAACGUUAACUACAAACGCUGGUCCCUCCUCAACUGCAGGGGCAAGAAACCCAAUCGAAUAUAUGGACAGGCGAUGGCCAUAAUCAACGGCUUCCUAUAUGUAUUUGGAGGUACGACAGGCUACAUCUACAGCACAGAUCUUCACAGACUGGAUCUGACAACACGUGAGUGGAUUCAUCUGAAACCCAACAACCCUCCAGACGACCUGCCUGAGGAGCGAUAUAGGCAUGAGAUAGCCCAUGAUGGACAGAGGAUAUAUAUUCUAGGAGGGGGAACUUCCUGGACUUCUUACCCAUUAGACAAGAUACACGCAUAUAACCUUGAAACAAAUUCCUGGGAGGAAAUCACAACUAAGCCUCAUGAAAGAAUAGGAUACCCAGCCCCUCGGAGAUGUCAUAGUUGUGUGCAGAUUAAAAAUGCUGUAUUUAUAUGUGGAGGUUACAAUGGUGAAGUAAUAUUAGACGACCUGUGGAAAAUCAACCUGCAGACGUUUCAGUGGAAUAAACUACCUGCAGUGAUGCCUGAACCUGCGUACUUCCACUGUGCUGCUGUUACCCCGGCCGGCUGCAUGUACAUCCAUGGUGGCGUGGUGAACAUCCAUGAGAAUAAGCGGACUGGUUCCUUGUUUAAGAUCUGGCUGGUAGUGCCCAGUCUGCUGGAGCUGUGCUGGGAGCGUCUGCUCAAAGCCUUCCCACACCUGGCCCAACUUACCCCAAUACAGCUGCUAAACUUGGGCCUCACCCAGGAACUCAUUGAACGCUUGAAAUAAAGAGGCGAGGGGGCUGUGAGCGCGAGAGACAGAUUGAGUACGUACUGUGCGUGUACCUUUUUUUUUUUUAAUUUAAUUUUUGAUUUUUUUGAAGCUGAUCAUGAGCAGGACGACAGCACUUGAAGCCAGUGUGUGGACUUGAAAAACAGGAUCAACUAAGGAACUCCAUCCUAACAAAGCCCGCCUUAAAACCAAAAACUGUAGAAUGCCUUUUUUUGUUUUGCGUGUGCUGCUUUUAAUGAUUUGAAAAAUCAAUACAAAACAUAAAUCUCCAUUAGAGAGAAAGUUCUUUUCUCAAACACUAUGGGUCAUUGACCUGAAAGUAUCUUUUUAUUUCUUUCUUUCUUGAGAUUGUAAUAUUGUUAUUUAUUGGCCUUCAGUAGUGACCUGGGGGACAUGUUGAGUUGAUUUUAAUGAUGCAUCUUAAUUCUAUUUCCUCUCCUGUCAAAGAAUUAUUUAAGUUUUAUUAAUCACCACACCACGGCAUGAAUAUUUAAUCAGCAGAGAUGUAAUCAGGGUUCGAUUAGCUUGAGUUUCCAGGCAACUGUUUGGAUAUCUGAACAGACUUAUGCAGAACUCUUGAUGUCUGGGAUUGGGAUUUAAGGCUUUACUUCAGUGAAAACGGUGCAAAACAGUGUUGAAAAGUUGAAUAUUUUAACAAAAUGGGUUUUAACCGAGAAUGUUGAUUUUUAGGUUGGAUGCUGUUGCUCAGAUCUGCAGUUACAUCUGCAUUUAGGCACAAACACCAGACCAAGUAAUGUCAACAAAGCUGUACAGUCAUUGCAGAGCUGUUCCCAUGUUUCACCCAGUUUUGUAAACCAAUCGUUACAUCACUGUGAAUAAGGUGCUCCUUAAUUUACUUUUAAUGCUUUUACUGAAAUAAAAUUUUUCCUUAAAUCAUCCCUCAUCCAAAUGUUCAAACUGACACAUUGACAGUGCCUUUACUAAGCAAGAUGUGAUAAUGUGCUAAAUUGAACAAAGCCUUGCUAAAAGCACUUUAUUAUUAUUUAACUCAAAUUCUAUUCUAGAACAAGCUGACCUGAAUUUAUAAUACAACAGAUGCGCACUUGCCAUUUUCAUCAAGCUUUCUAGCACUUGAUGCAUUUACAAUAAAUAAAACUAUCUAAAUUUAAAACCAUUUGGUCAGCACAAUGCUAAUGAUAUUUUGGGCCUUGUGUAUAUCUGUACAGAAAAACAGAUAACCUUCCUGUCAUUUAGCAAUAAUGUAGCGGCGCUUCUUUUACUAUGCUGAUCAAACAAAAAAAAAUCAAGCUCUGAAUUCAAAACAUCUCUGGCCGCAAUGCCAAAUACAGCAUCUUGAAUUCAGAGUUGAUGUGUUUUGCCUUGUUGGGUUAUUUAACCCGUUACAGUUCUUGGCCAUUUAACUACAUUCAUUAGGCACCAGCAAUUGAUAUAGUUGAGUAAAAUGUUAAAAGAUUAAUAAUUGCUAUUACACCCAGUAAAAUUUGAUUUAUGUUGACAAAGUAGCUUUUUCUUCCUGAUAUUAGGUCACAUACAUGCCCAUAAUAUGUGCCUACCCAGUACCCACCCACCUUCUGCCAUUUUCUUUCUGCAUGACUGGAUUCCUGUUUGCAUGGGUCAGGAUUUAAGGGUGCUUUGUCAUACAGGCGACGUGCAGACUGUGACAACUACACAUUUAUUUUCAGAAAUGAUUUCAGCAGCACAGUUAAAUUUUUCACUCAGUCUGAAUGGAGUGACGGGAGUCCCUACAUUUGUGUUUUUUUGAGACGAGGGGUCUCGCUGGACUUCGAUUCCUCAGUUGUGCAGCAAAUGUUCAAGGUACUCACCAGUUACCUGUAACUUGUGUACCAGUUUUGUGUUUUAUUGUUGAAUAAUUAAUAAACUUCUUCCAACUGG